AUGGCCAUCCCCGACCAAACGACCACCAUAAACCCGAAUUCCUCCUCUUCACUGCAUGGGAAAGUCGCUUUGAUCACGGGCGGUUCUCGAGGGAUCGGUGCGGCAAUCGCACUCCAAUUCGCCCGCAAAGGCAUCGCCGCCGUCGCAAUAACAUACAUCUCUAACGCCAAAGCGGCCGAGGAGACCUUGUCCAGAUGCCGCUCCGUUUCCCCCGAUCUAAAAACGGUGGCUGUUCAAGCCGACAUCCUUGAUCCGUCCAUCGGUCCGAAUCUCAUUCCAAAAGUGCUCAAAGAGCUGAAGACGGACCGGAUCGACAUCGUCGUCAACAAUGCCGCCCUCAUCAACGACCUGGGUCUGAUUCAGCCUUUUGCCGACACCACCGCCGAGGUCUUCGGAAAGACAAUGCAGGGCAACGUCUUCGCGCCCAUUAGCAUCAUCAAUUCCGCAUUACCUCAUUUCCCGCCCAAGGGGGGUAGGGUGAUAAACAUCUCAAGUGUUUCAAGCAAGCUGGCGAAUCCUGAUCCGGUCUUGACGUACGGAGCGUCCAAAGCCGCGUUGGAUAGCAUCACACGAUCACUGGCAAGUCUCUUGGGCAUGAAGACCGGCGCGACGUACAACAGUGUGUCUGUGGGACCAACUAGCACGGAUACGGUGCAGGGCAUCAUCAAGGAGUUCGGGGAGUCGUGGAUCGAGGAGACAACCAAGCUAAUCACGGCCGAGAAAAGACUGGCUGAGCCCGAGGAUAUCGCCUUCGUGGUUGGCUUUCUCGCAAGUGACGAAGCAAGGUGGAUCAAUGGGGCCCAUAUCAUGGCAAAUGGAGGAAACAAGGAAUUGCUGGCUCUGCAGGGAUAG